GCAAUUCUACCCACACAACAAUAAAAAAUAAAAAAAAAUCAGUUAUCUGUAUAAACCGACCCAACUUUAUCAAUCAUUACUUUAGUCAAAAUUCUUUCCAAGAAUCAAAUCUAGCGUUUAAACAAAGUUAAGCAUCUACAAAACACUUGAACUUCCUUGCAAGAGGAUCAUUGAAAAUGGCAGAAACUACAGUGUCAUUUGUUUUGGAUCAACUCUACAAUCUUGCAAUAAGAGAAGGAACCUUACUUGCAGGAGUAAACAAAGAUUUCAAUGACAUCAAAGUUGAACUUGAAAGCAUCCAAGCUUGUCUCAAGGAUGCAGACACAAGAGCAGCUGAUGAUGGUGGAGGAGGAGGAGCUAAUGAAGGUGUCAAAGCUUGGGUGAAGCAGCUUAGAGAAGCAUCUUUUAGGAUUGAAGAUGUGAUUGAUGAAUAUGUCAUGUAUUUGGGACAAAGGAUCAAUGAUUCUGGAUGUGUAGCUUCACUCAAAAAGGUAGCUCAAAUGAUCAAAACCAUGAAGCAAAGACAUAGGAUUGGUUCUGAGAUGAAAGAUAUCAAGUUAUCUAUUAAUGAAAUCAAAGAAAGAAGUUUGAGAUAUGAGUUUAAGCCUGAAAAUAAUGGAUCAGGAAGCUCUAAAGGGGUUAGUCAAAAUGGAAGUUUUAGUGAUCCUCGAAUGGCGUCACUUUUCAUCGAAGAGGCGCAAGUUGUGGGAUUUGAGUUGCCAAGAGAUGAAUUGGUGAGUUGUUUGGUGGAAGGAACUAAUGAGGUUAUGUUGGUUUCUGUGGUUGGUAUGGGAGGACUUGGAAAAACAACUCUUUCUAACCAUGUUUUUAAUAACAAGGUUGUGAAAAAGCACUUUGAUUGUCGAUGUUUUAUCACGGUUUCUCAAUCGUAUACUGUGAGGGAGUUGUUGAUUGAUAUGGUGAAGAAGUUUUGCAAGGACUGCAAUGAGCCUAUACCGAAGGGUCUUCAGACGAUGGAUGACAAGACAUUGAUUGCUCAAGUGAGACAAUACCUUGAAUCAAAGAGGUACUUAGUGUUUUUCGAUGAUGUUUGGAAAGAAAAUUUUUCUGAUGAGAUUCAACAUGCUUUAAUUAGUAAUAACAAAGGAAGUAGAAUCAUUGUGACUACUAGAAUGAUGCAUGUAGGUGAAUAUUUUAAGAAAUCUUUUCUUGUUCAUGUUCAUAAGCUACAACCUUUGUCUCCUGAGAAAUCAUGGGAACUUUUCUGCAACAAGGCGUUUAGAUCUAGGCCGGGAAAGCAGUGUCCAACAGAACUCGAGGAGUUGUCUGUUGAAAUUGUUCAAAAAUGUGGAGGGCUACCACUGGCAAUUGUGGCUAUUGCUGGUCUUUUGUCGACAAAACCGAAAACCAUUUUUGAGUGGGAAAAGGUGUGUAAAAACUUGAGUAUGGAGUUAGAUCGCAAUGCACAUUUAACAAGUUUAAUAAAGAUUUUAUCUCUUAGUUAUGAUGAUCUUCCUAAUCAUUUGAAAUCAUGCAUGUUGUAUUUUGGUAUAUAUCCUGAGGACUACAUCAUCAAUCGCAAAAGAAUUACUCGGCAAUGGAUGGCUGAGGGGUUUGUUAAGGAUGAGGAGAAAAGGCUGUUGGAGGAAAUUGCUGAAGAUCACAUGACACAGUUGAUAAAUAGAAGUUUGGUUCAAGUUUCCAAAGUUGGUUUUGAUGGGAAAGUGAAAACUUGUCAAGUCCAUGAUUUAUUGCGCGAAGUGAUCAUUAGAAAAAUGAAAAACUUAAACUUUUGCCAUUUAAUACAUGAAGAUGAUGAACAGGUCACAGUUAGAAUAACUAGGCGCUUCUCGAUAGCAGGUAAUGCAAACAAUGUGUUGAAAAGCUCUAAUAACUCGGGACUUCGGGCGAUUUUUGUUUUUGACAGCGGAGAACUAAAUGAACAUUGCAUUAGCCGAGCAUUUGCCAAGUUCAAGCUUUUGAAAGUACUUGAUUUUGAGAAAUCUAUGUUGAAUUUUGUUCCUAAUAACUUAGGGAACCUUUUCCAUUUAAGGUACUUGAACCUGAGUCAUACAAAAGUUAAAGUUCUUCCUAGAUCCAUCGGUAAGCUACUGAACUUAGAAACUUUGGAUUUAAGGCAAACUCAAGUGCAUGAGUUACCAAUAGAGAUAAACAACCUCACCAAGCUAAGGCUUCUUCCUGUUUAUUAUAGAAAAUAUGAAGGUGAUUAUUCUAUGUUGAACUUCACUACUGGUGUGCAAAUGCAAGAGGGUAUCGGGUGCUUGACAUCUUUACAAAAACUUUACUUUUUGGAAGCGGAUCACGGUGGAAUAGACCUUAUCGAAGAACUGAAAAAGUUGAGGCAGUUAAGGAAGUUAGGCAUAAGGCAUGUGCGGCGAGAAUAUGGAAAUGCAUUAUGUGCUACAAUACAAGAGAUGAAACAUCUUGAAUCUCUAAAUAUUACUGUUAUAGCUGAAGAGGAAAUCCUUGACUUGGAUUUCGUGUCAACUCCACCGCCUAAUCUUAAAGUCCUCAACUUGAAAUGUAAACUAACAAAGUUGCCUACUUGGAUUCCAAAACUCAAAUAUCUUGUGAAGUUAAGGCUUGGCUUAUCUAACUUUGAACAUGAUCCACUAGACUCUUUGAAGAAUUUGCCGAAUUUGUUGAGGUUGAAUUUGUGGGAUGAUGCAUUUUCUGGUGAAAGUUUGCAUUUUCAAGUUGGAGGGUUUCCUAAGCUGAAAGAACUUGAUCUCACUAGAUUGAAUAAACUAAGUUCUAUCACUAUUGAGAAAGGAGCUUUACUUGGUCUUGAUCAUUUCAGAUUGAACAACAAUCCUCAAUUGAAGGUGGUUCCACAAGACUUUAAGCACCUGGAAAAUCUUCAAUUCCUUGGAUUUGCUGAUAUGCCACUUGAAUUGGUUGAUAGCAUUGAUCCAAGAAAAGGUGGAGAAUGUCAUUGGAUAAUCAAGCAUAUUCCUCUAGUACUCAUUCGUCGGAAAGUAGGAUCGAGAUUUCAUGACUAUGAGUUGUACCCUAUUCCUACUAUAUCCAAUGUCUGAAAUAUCAAGAUUCAAAUUCUCCAUGCUGCAGCUCAAAAGAAGAUGCACUUUGUUUCUUCAUUCCUUCAAUGGUGUGCUUGAAUCUCCCAAUAAUAAAUUAUUUCCUUGAGUAGAACUCAUCUACUUUUUAAUCAAAGCAACGUGUAUGUACUCUAUUAAUUGACAAUUGAGUUUUGGCUUUCUUUUUCUGUUUUCUGUCAUUUAUGGUGUUGAUCAUUAUUGACUGUGGAUGCUUUUCUACAAACAGUGGAAUGGACAAUUCUUUGGAUA